ACUGAUGCACGGCGAGCAUAAAAGGGCUGUUAUAAAAAAAAACGAUCACGGUCUUGUAAUCAGCACAAUCCACCGUGAUAUCUUGGCAAAACGUUUUCGGAUUAUCCGCUUCCCAAAUCUUUUUGGAUUUAACAAAAAGAUGUAAAUUUCGAAGUAUAAUCUUGUUCACAUUAUAUCUUCCGCAUCUAAAUAGGACCAAUCGAGAAUUUGCAGCUUCUUAGGAUAUUAUCCGACGAUCGUUCGCUCUCGAUUCGCGCGUGACUCGAAUCGAGACGAGCCGCGACCCGCAUUCGCGACGAAACCCAAGGUCGCCUCCGGUGGGAAAAGCUCCCUCGCGAAAGGCGUGAAAGACAGAACCGACGGGUUCUUCACGAUGCCCGGUGUCCCUCCCUUUAUAGAAAAUCCGAUCCAGUUCGAUUCGACUUUUUACUGAUAUUCACGUCAAUUUAUCCGGUACAUUGUCUGGAUGCGAGUUUCACUCUCGAGACUCGAAAGCGAACGCGUACCCCCCGUCCGUGAAUUCUGAGAACGAGAAAUCCAAGUAUAUAAAAGCUAGGAAAUCCAAGCGACUGAUUUACUUGUAUCUAGUUUGGAUUGGGAGAUCGUGCAAUUCUGAUUCUGAUACGAUCUCGAGAUGAAUCAAGCGAGGAGCGUGGUGAUUCUGUUGAUACUCUUCGUCGCUGUAACGUCCAGUUAUACCGUCAGGAAGAAGAAUCCGAUUUCCAAAUAUGGUUACCGGACCGUUUACGUAAGGCCGCAGAGAUACGUUAGGUAUCACAGGAAUAAUCGGGCUAUGGAACAAGCAGUGUUCAGCGCAUUGCAGAACAGGACCAGGGGAUCCAGAGCAGCUCUCGUUAGGAAGCAAUAUGACCCCCAAAACGAGUCCGUGGAAGAUCAGCAACAGGAGGCUGGGCAUUUAGAUGAAAUAAUUCUAAAAGACAAUCAGCUGAAGGACGAGGCGUUGGGAGGAAUUUACGAACAGGACGUACCACCAGGAGUACCUCACAGCGGUCAGAUUUUAGGGCAGCAAGUCCUCGAAGACGUGCAUAAAACAGUGACGGUGAUAAAAAAGGUAGCCGUGCCCUACCCUGUAGAGAAAACCGUGCGCUACCCUGUCGUGAAGAAUAUUCCCUAUCCCGUCAAAGUGCCCGUACCACAACCGUACGCGAUCGAGAAGAAGGUACCGUAUCCCGUAAAAGUUUUCGUCAAAGUACCGCUCAAAGUACCAAAACCGGUGCCUGUGAUAAAAGAGGUACCGUAUCCGGUUCACGUGCUCGUCGAUCGCCCCGUGCCGGUAAAGGUCUACGUGCCAGAUCCUUUCCCAGUCGAGAAGAAGGUUCAUUAUGAGGUCAAGGUUCCGGUCCCCGCGCCGUAUCCCGUCCAACGUAAGAUACCGGUGCCGGUAAAAGUAGCAGUGCACGUACCUCAACCUUAUCCGGUUGAGAAGAUAGUUCACUAUCCAAUAAAAAUUGAGGAGGAGCAGCCGGUUCCGGUACCGGUACCCAAACCUUAUCCCGUGCACGUGUCUAAGCCGGUACCCUAUCCCGUAGAGAAACCCGUGCCCGUACCGGUCAAAGUCGAGGUACCACGGCCUGUACCUUAUCCUGUCGAGAAACCAAUCCCUGUCAAAGUUAAGAUCCCGGUACCGGAGCCUUAUUAUGUCGAGAAGAAUGUACCUUAUCCGGUCGAAAAGCCCGUGCCAGUGCCUGUGAAGGUACCGGUAGAACAAUCGGUGCCUGUACAAGUGACGAAAACUGUAGGGAUACCGAUUGACAAGCCUGUACCUUAUCCGGUCAAGGUGUCCGUUCCCGUGCCGGUGCACGAGGGUUCAUCUGGGGCUGGACACCAUCAGUGGAGUCGGUGAAUAGGAUAGAUUGGAUUGAAUGAGAUUCAUGUUCUUUAAUCUUCACGAUUUGAAUGAGGUUUAUACGAAUUUGUCGUGUGUCGAGUGUUUGGUAAUUAGUUUUUAAGUUAUUUGUAUUUGAGGUAAUUUAUAAUAAA